AUGGCGGUAAAGAUGAAGGGGAUCUUUAAAGGUCUGAGGAUAAUCUCGCAAAUGUUUGCUCAUAAGGAGCAUGAGAUGGAAAUUGGGUUCCCUACAGAUGUAAAGCAUGUGGCUCACAUAGGUUUGGGCACCAGUGACACAUCUCCAAGCUGGAUGAAUGAGUUCAAGUCAAUAGAAGAUAUGUCUGCAGGCUCUCUGAGCACAGCCGGGCAGUCAAGGCAAACUUCUUGGACUUCUACAGACUUUGAGCCAGCAAGAUCCAUGCUGCCCACUGAGAUUAAUUUCCCAGAUAAACAAGAUCAAGAGUCCUCCUCCUGCCCGCCAAGAGGCCCAAGGAAAGCAAGGCGGAAGAAGCCUAGAGAAUCAUCUCCCAACUCUGCAAGAUCAUCUUCCUCGAGGUCAAGAACCUCGUUUGCGACAGCGUACGACGAUUUCAAUGAGUCGCACAGAGGGUUCCGGGUCGUGUAA